CAUCUCUUCUUCUGCUGCAAGGAACUCUAGAUAGAUAUCCAACAUGGACUACGGAGACAUCUUGAAGGUUGAAACAACCGGAGCGUCGGAAGAAACCGCGGUUGCAUACUAUGAUAAGAAUCUGCACCAAGGUGUAACGGCAUCGGAAAUAAUGGCUAAAGAAGAUUUGGAUAGUAUGAAAAAAUAUAAGACCAUCAUUAAGAAUGUGGCAGAAAGAUGGGAUGUUAACCCAGCUCUCAUCGCUGGCAUCAUCUCCAGAGAGUCCGAGGCCGGUUUCUCCAUCAAAAAUACUGACCCCCCCGGUUGGGGGGACAAGGGUAAUGCCUUUGGACUGAUGCAGAUUGAUAAGAGACAUCAUGAUAUACCAAAAAGGCAAGGCUGGGACAGUGAGGGGCACCUGGACUAUGCCACUCAGAUCCUGGUCUGUUUCAUUGGACGGAUCCAGCGCAAGUUCCCCAGCUGGACCGCAGAACAGCAGCUGAAGGGAGCACUCGCAGCCUACAACAAGGGAGACGUUGUUGUUCACUCCUAUAACAAUGUGGACGAGAAUACCACAGGAAAAGACUACUCCAAUGAUGUCAUUGCCAGAGCCCAGUGGUACUGGGAUAAUCUUUUUAAGCCUUCUUCUUUCUGGCCAUGGUAGCGUUUAUGAGCAGAACACAGUGUUUAAAUGGAGGAAGAUCUGUCUAAUAUGUGUGUGUGAUAGGGAGUCCAGAUAUUGGACUCCCUAUCUGUUCUAUGGUUGUUCGGAUUAAAAUGACUCACUGGACUAUACCAUUCGAUUCGAUUAUAAAAAAUAUAUUGCUGUAACUUAUCAAGCAUGAGUUCCACUAGCCUACCUAUGCUCCCCAAAUAGCUAGACAUUUCGUUGGGUGUAAAACGAGCACUAGGCAAAGGGAUCUUUGCCGGGCAGCGCUUAUGCACCUCCGCCUCUGGCGGUGGUCCCUCAGCGGGGCUCAAGCGGGAGACAUUCGCCGCCAACAAUCCCUUUCUCCUCCAUGUCGUGGUUCAUGUUCUUGAGGGAGUCAAAGCCAAAGUUCCUUCCCCCCAAUUCAUUCUCAACCUUGGCUGAGAUAACCCCCAAUACGAGUCUCGUUGUAGAAAUACCAGAUACGAGAGCCCGACGUGUUAUGCGCCAUCAGACCAACAGCAGAACGGUUAUCCAAAUAACAAGGAAGUGUACAACACUUGCGUUACAGUCCUGGAGCUCUAUGUCUAAAUAAUAUCAUAUAAUACAUAGAUAUCUAUAUCAUAUAACAUAUUGUGUGCGCCUCCGGACGAUAUUAUGAAUCACAAACGACUUUGUCGGGUUCUGCGACGUCUCUGGUUCUUCCACUUU